AUGAAAGCGAUAAUUCUGAUUUCCUUCCUGGUCACCCUUUUUUUCAAUAAUGGUGUGGAUGGAUAUACUUGCACAAAAGAAUUGUACAACAUGAAUUUCAAGGAUCUUUCAGUUACGUCCAUGGUUUUGGAACAUUUAAGUGUACGUAAAACUUUAGGAAGCUGGGUUUAUUUCUUUUUCAGUCAUUUUUCUAACCCUACUGAUGCAAUAAAAUAUGUAGAAGAUAUAAAUAUAUACGCUUUAGAUAAUAAAGACAUGCCAUGUUUUGUGCGAGCUUUUACUAUAUAUUUAAUUCAAAACUAUGCUAAGGAUAUAAAAUAUAUGUCAAAUACAGACAACUAUGAGACCUUUUUCAAAAAUUUAUUAAAAGAUGUGCAUCCAGAUUUAAGUAAUGAUUUUCUUUCUUUAUUCACGAGUCCAACGCUUUUGGGACAGGUUGAAAACUUAUUACUUAAAGAACAGGAUGUUUCGAAUUUGAAGAGUGAUUUAAACAUUUUUAAAAAACAGAUUUCCAAAGCUGACAGAAGAACACAUGCUUUUUACACCAAUAAUCCUGUUUCAGCUUUCGGUCCACAUGACAUCAGGAUAUUUAGAAGAGCUUACUUAGUAAAAGAAGACCCUUCUAUUAAUAUGUCUGAAAUAUAUGCAGCACGUGAUAUGAACUAUUUGGCUUUUCUUGGUGUUUCCGAUAUGUACUACAAUUCUGAUAUAACACAGCCUGCCCACAUAAUCAUAACCCUACCUUUGGUUUUUGUGAAAAAGAUGAAAACGAAGAUUACUUUGGAUAUGUAG